GAAGUCCAUCCCUCGCUACCAUUAAAGAAGUGCACGUUGGCAGGGGGUUGCGUCUUAGUUAAUUCUUCCAUCGUGCUGGAUUCGAAUUACCGAUGGCUGUAUAAUUUAGGUGGGUAUACAAACUGUGUAGGUACUGCGUUUGACCCAGAGUUCUGCCCUAACGUUGAAAACUGCGCGGCGAAUUGCGCGCUGGAGGUGGUUGACUACGCAAGUACUUCGUAUACUAGGUCUCCCGGUUGA